GAGCAACUAGGUCACAGCAGACUGGCGGGGCUGCAGAAACCUGGAGGAGGGGGAAGCAGUCCUGCAGCAGCAGAGCUGCCCUCAGUGCCCUGCACAACAACAACAACAACAACCCCCGCUAUCCUCCUGUGCAGCAGCCUGGACUGACCGUAAGCGGCAGCACCUGCAGGAGGUGAACACCUUCAAUCAUAUCUUCUACCCUGGAGAAUUAAACUACAAAACCUAACAUGUCCAAAUAUAAACUUGUAAUGCUGAGGCAUGGUGAGGGUGCCUGGAACAUUGAGAACCGAUUUUGUAGUUGGGUUGACCAAAAGUUGAGCGAGGAUGGACUUCGAGAAGCUGAGAUGUGCGGAAAGCAUUUAAAAUUUCUGGGAUUUGAGUUUGACCUGGUCUACACGUCAAUCCUGAGCCGCUCCAUCCAAACAGCUUGGCAUGUAAUGCAAGAACUUGGGCAAGAAUGGGUCCCUGUUCGGAGUUCGUGGCGGCUCAAUGAGAGACAUUACGGGGCGCUCAUUGGUCUCAACCGAGCUGAACUGGCACUGAAUCAUGGAGAAGAGCAGGUUAAGAUCUGGAGGAGGAGUUAUGAUGUCCCCCUUCCGCCCAUAGAUGAGAGCCAUCCUUAUUAUCAGGAGAUUCAUACAGAUCGAAGGUAUAUGUGUUGUGACAUACAAAAAGACAAAUUGCCAAAAUCUGAGAGUUUGAAGCAAGUUCUGGAAAGGCUCCUUCCCUACUGGAAUGAGGAGAUUGGACCUGAAAUCAAAAAAGGGAAAAGUGUUCUGAUAUCUGCACAUGGAAACAGCACAAGAGCUAUAUUAAAACAUUUGGAAGGGAUCUCGGAUGAUGAUAUAAUAAAUAUUUCACUUCCCACUGGUGUUCCUGUCCUGCUUGAACUGGAUGAGAACCUGCGGGCUAUCAAGCCUCAUGAAUUUUUAGGUGACCAACAAGCUAUUCAGGCUGCCAUAAAGAAAGUGGAAGAUCAAGGCAAAGUUAAACCUGCUGAUAAUUAACAUUUUCUCCUGAUAUCUCUACUCCUUGUGAGGUAAAGGUGUAGUCCAGAAUUCUAACAACUGCUCCACCUCUGUCCACAGGUCAUGUGGGGUAUUGCAGCUCAGCUCCAUUUAUUUCAGUGGAAAUGAGCUGCAGUAUCGGAGACAACCCAUAGACAAACGUGGGACUGUUUUUGGAAGAAGGCAGCCAUGUUUUUCUAAACCUGUACAAUAACCAGUGGUGCUUCACAGUAAAUAGCUCCUGAUUUGUAGCAAGCAAUGUAAAUAGAUGUCCUCUUGUUGGCACACAAAUGUUAAAUCCAUUUUUUUUACAUAUAUAUUGGAAAAUUAUAAUGUGUAGUGGGAAUUCCCAUAAUUUUUUUUUAAUAACGGGCACUUAAAUGCCAACUUGAUUUUUGCACCUUAUAAUGUACCUAUACUUUCAGAUAACUUUCCAGAAUAAGCUGCCAUGUGUAUAUACAUAAGCGAUGGCACUAUAU